AAGGUCCAGAGAGCUGAGUAGUUGGCAAGCGGACGACCAACAGCAGACGACACCUUCCCUCGGCUCUCUCUGGAGCUGCGCUGCCCCACUGAAUGAAUGGAGGUCUCCGAGGCUGCCCUGUCUCUCUUCGUCCUCAUCCUCCUCAUUACUUCUGCUUCUUGCAGCCAGCCAAAAGUUCCUCAUGGCGUGAACACCCCACCCACCUGCUGCCUGAAGUAUAACGAGAAAGUGUUGCCAAGGAGACUGGUGAUUGCAUACAAAAGAGCCUUCAACUGUUACCUGCCAGCAAUCAUCUUCGUCACCAAAAAGAACCGAGAAGUUUGCAGCAACCCCAACGAUGACUGGGUCCAAGAGUACAUCAAGGAUCCCGACGUGCCUUUGCUGCCCUCCAGGAACUUGGCCACAGUUGACAUAGUUACAGCGAAGAAUGGCCAACCCAAGCUCCUCAACUCCCGGUGAUGAGCAGGCCUUCGUGGAAGCCCUUGUACACGGAAGAGCGGGGUAAUCCUAUGAAAACAGGGGCAGCUUUAUUAGGCUGAAACUAGCCAGUCACACUGAGAGAACAAUGAUCAAAAUAAAGAAGUAUCUCGAAUA